AUGUUAUAUCUAUGGAUUAAAGAUAUUAAGAAACAUAUAAAAAUUGAUAUAAAUCGUAAUAAAGAUUAAUUGCAAGCAAAUCACUAGAAUUAGGAAAGACUUUUAAUUAGAGGUUUAAUUUUGUUAAUUUGUAGAAAAAGUAGUAUAAUUUGAAUUAAUAUUGCUAAAACUUGAAUAAGAAAUAUCAGAAAUAUAAGGAACAUCAGAAAAAUAAGAAAAUAAUAAAUAAUUAAGAAUAAUAAGUAAAGUUUAUCUGAUUUUUUGAGGUUUAAUAUAGGAAUUGGAAAAUUUAGAAGAAACUAUCGAAUAUUAGAUUGUUGAAGCAAAACAUUAUUUAAUAAAAGGUAUAAUCUUAAGCAAUUUAAACAAAGCAUAAGCCUUAGAAAAUUUGAAUAGAUUUGAAGAAGCUUUAAUGAUAUAUGACAAGGCAAUUUAAAGAUAUCCUAAUAAUUCAAGAUUAUAUGCAGAAAAAGGUUUGAAUAAUAUCAAGGAUUUUAGCAAAGACUUUAAAANGGGAAUUACCAUGCAAUCAUAUAUAAUUAAACUAUAUCAAUAAAGGAUAAUAACUCUAUGA